CGCCAUACAUAGUACGUGGACGUUGAAUCUAUGAAAUGAAAGGUGAAUUGAGUCAAGGAAACGGAAGUGAAAAUUAUAAGCCAACAGCAUGUGACCAACCGAUUUGAGUUAUUACAACGACAUCAUAACGCCAUGAAGCGCCGACGCAGCAUAAAAAUUCCGUGGGCUGUUGCCACAGCACCGCCGCAGUUGGAAAAUCUCCCUUAUAAAUACGAAUAUCACACCAAAUGCGAUAGUCUAGUCCCCUUGAUGCGCUGUAUGCUGCUGUUAUGGCUGAUCAUGGCCGCAAUUUUGCUGGUAGGCGUUGAAGCGGAAGGCUGUCCACCCUCAGAGGCGAUAUUACCAUGUCGUUGCUCGCUGCGCGGCAAGGAGAUACAAAUAUGGUGCUCUCACAGCAAUUUACCACAAAUAAUGGACGGCAUCAAAGCGGUUGAACGCAACAUUAAAAGUCCUAUCGAUGAAUUGGUGUUGGAAAAUAAUCAGCUGCCGGCAUUACCUGGGCGCUUCUUUGGCACGCUACAGAUUGUGCGUCUUAUGUUGCGCUAUAAUAGCAUCGAGCGCGUCUCCAAUGGUUGGCUGAAUGAGUUGGAGAACCACUUGGUGGAAGUUUAUAUUGUUGAGCCACAAUUGCGGAGCAUACCGGUGGAGAGUUUGAAUGGCAUGAUCAACAUGAUCGCAAUCACCAUACAAUCCGACGAAUUGAAGCAUUUGCCAGACUUCUCGGGUUUACUAAGUCUGACUUAUCUGAGCGUGCAAAGCAAAUCGUUGGCAGAGUUGCAACCACACUGGUUUCGUCAUUUGCCGAAGGUACAAAAUAUUCACAUCAAUGGCGGUCCGCAUUUAAUACGCCUGGAGGCGGGCACUUUCGAUAGUUUAAUUUCGCUGAAGAAUGUCGAUCUAAGUCGCAAUGCACUCAACUGGAUACAUCUGCGCGCACUCAGCCGUCUGCCGAAUUUAGUAAACCUGAAGAUGUCCUACAAUGAGAUUAGUGAUGCGGGCAUGGUGGGGCGAAUUGUCAAGGACCUUGAAAACUUGAAGAAGCUGCGCUUGGAUCACAAUAUUAUCAACAUUGUGGAGGAUGGCUCUUUUGUAGAUUUGCCACACAUGUCAGAGUUGCACUUGAAUGACAAUCGCAUCACCGAGAUACAAUAUGGCGCCUUCUUGCGCACGCCCAUGUUGAAGACCAUCUAUCUGCAUAACAACCACAUACGACGCAUACACCCCGAGUCAUUUUUGCAGGCCUCUGGUAGCGGCGUGGAGACCAUUUACGCAUACAACAACGAAAUUGAGCAUGUCGGCGUGCUGCGUUCAUUGCUUGAAGCUCUGCCGUCGCUCAAAUUUCUGGACAUGAGCAACAAUUAUCUAACUGAUGUGCCAUUUGGCGCGUUGCGUGGUCACGGCACACUGGAGCAGUUGCACCUGAACAACAACCUCCUGCGUACAAUCGAACGUGAUGCGCUGAUGGCAAUGCCAGCUUUACGCGAGCUACGCAUGCGCAAUAACAGUUUGUCCAGCGAGCUGCCAAUGCCUCUUUGGAAUCUGCCUGGGCUCAAGGGUUUGGAUUUGGCAGCAAACAACUUCCGUACCGUGGACUCAUACCUAUUGAGCGGACUACCUUCGCUGCGACGACUAGACUUAAGUGAGAACGGUUUAGUAAAGUUCGACCCUACAACCUUCAUACACAAUCCCAUGUUGGAGACAUUGAACAUAUCAUAUAAUGAGUUGGCUACGAUACACCCAGCUACGUUUCGUAAUUUGAAUAGGCUCUUCGAGGUGGAUGCAAGCUAUAAUUUGCUGACGGACAUCAUACCUGGUCUACCGAAGAUUGUGGAACGUAUUUCGAUGCGCGGCAACACCAUUUCCACACUACCCUUCUCCAUUGGCAAAUCUCUAAGUCUGCCUAAUUUGCGCAUGCUCGACCUGAGCGUAAAUCGUUUGGAACAACUACCAAAGUACGGCUUCCAAGGCAUGCCCCAAUUGCGCGUGCUUAGCCUGGCUAAUAAUAGGCUACGCUCGCUGGAUGACACCGCAUUUAUUGGUGCGGCACGUCUUGAACUCUUGCACCUGCAGGACAAUGGGUUGACAUACAUUGAUGACCGCGCCUUGUUGCCGCUCUCCGAGCUGCGUAAUCUCAACCUACAGGGCAAUAAGUUAGACUCCAUUACCGACAACAUGUUCUCGAAUAACUCGCGUUUGGAACAGCUGGAUCUGUCACGAAAUCUUAUACGAACCAUAGCACCGGCGGCAUUUGAGGCGCAACGUUCACUGGAGUAUCUGGAUUUAUCGAGUAAUGCGCUAUCUGACAUGUCGGUGAGCCUUUCAAAUCUGGUCAAUCUGCACGACAUCGACCUGAGCUACAAUCAUAUUACGCGCGUGCAUGCAGACGUCGUCUCCUCCUGGCGCAGUGUAGUGGAAAUACGUCUCUCCAACAACCUCAUUGUUGAAUUGAAACACGGCACUUUUCGGAAUUUGCCCAAGCUGCAGUAUUUGGACUUGUCGAGUAACGAAAUAAACUCGGUAGAGCCGGGCGCCCUAAAACAUUUGCCAGAUUUGCAAGAAUUUGUAUUGGCGGACAAUAAACUGGUGGAACUGAAAGAUCAUGUUUUUGAAGAUUUACCCAACUUGCUGGCCUCGCACUUCCAAUACAACACAUUGCGUUACAUUUCGCCUGAUAGCUUCUUCAACUCACCGUCGAUGGUAUUCUUAAAUUUGUCAAACAAUAAUUUUCAUAAUAUGGAAAAUAUAGGACUGCGCACAAUGCGGAAUCUCGAGGUAUUAGAUCUGUCGACGAAUGGUGUACGCAUGGUUAAUACGAUGCCAUUGAAAUUAUUAAAUUGGUUGGUCGAGUUGAAGAUGGACAACAAUGAGAUAUGCAAGAUUCAAGGCGGUCCCUUCGAAACGAUGCCGCGGCUUCGAGUGCUCUCAAUGCGCAACAACCGGCUCCGCACAAUCAAGGAACGCACUUUCCGUAACUUACGUGGCAACAUAGCCAUACUGGAUGUGGAUGGCAAUCCCAUCAACUGCUCCUGCGAAAUGCAAUGGCUCUCUGUCUGGCUGCAAGAGACCAAUUUCCCCUACCCUGGUCCAAAAUGUCAAGAUGGACGCCUGUUACGUGCUUCGCGUAUCGACCGAAGUCUCUGCUCCCAAUUCGAGGACACCAACCAGCGUACUGGUACUGCGAGUGGCAGCAGUUUUAGCAGCGACAACUCUAAUCACCUGCCGCUGUUGAACGAACAUGGCGACAUUUUCCAACGCGAUUUUCAGGAGGAUUUCAACGAUGAAUGUGAAGGAAAUACCAUUUCACCUGGCGAACGUCCACUUGCUGGUGAGAGCGAAUACUUCUACGAUCAGUAUGUCGACUAUACACCGUCUAACGAAACGAGCUCGGCUACAGACGCGCCAAGUACGCAUACGAACGCCGCAAGUACCUCAGUGCUGAGUACACAAAAGAAGCCACCCAUUGCUUCAAAUGCUGAUUUGAAUAAUACAAUUUUGAAUACCAACUAUUUCAAGAGACCGCCACCACCACCUGGUGGCACGCAGGCCAGCUCGCCUUUCACAUUUUUUGGUUAUCCCAUACCAGCGCUUAGCUUGGGCCGCUUUUUUGGCACAGGACAGCGUGGACGCAAGGACCGUGGUGAAAAAACUAGUACUACUCCAAUUCGACAAACAACUGCCAGUUCCACUGAAAGCGUCUUAGCGACGCUGCCAGCCACACAUCGAAUGCACACACCGCACAGCAAAGUGCGCAUGUACCAACCGAAUAGCGCUGAGUUCGAGAAGUAUUUGAAUCAGCCAGAUUCUCAAUAUCACGAUGUGUCCGCGCGAAAUCGACAAACUACCACAAUAGCAGCCAGCGCUGACUCCAGCUCAGAUGAGGCGACCAGUAGCGAAGCGCCGAGUAGCGUCUUCAAAACCGCCUUUCGUGUGCCCACAAGCGUUGAGCGUGGCGGCUUUCGGCCGAUAGUGCCAGAGCACGUGGGGGGCUUCAUGCCUGUGCAUGAUCCCUCAAAGCGUCGAGGCGUAGUGGAACCCAUACCCACGCCAACAAAAUACACAAUGAAGCAAACGGAACGCAACUAUGUGCCAAUGAUGCCGGUACAUGCGUCGGAGGGUGAACGCAGGCAACCAAGCGGACUGUCAAACUUAAGGGCGACAGUUGCACCUGUGCCGACUACUGCGCUGACAGCAGAAAAGUCUGCCAGCGAGGAGUUCGAGACGCAAACUUAUUACGUAACCGAAAACUCAAUGGAAUUGACCACACCGGCGCGCCGAAUAACGCCACCAUAUGCGGUGACAACUGCGCCAACAGCCACAACCGUUCGACAACAGACACUGAGGACUACAACACCUAGUGGUGGCAGCGAUUUGUCUGAACCAACUACCACACCAAGCACUUUUUACACUACAACAACACCCAUGAGUUCUAUGGCAGCUACUGCAUCAACUCACGAAAACACAGUAACGCAAGCGCCUACUUACGGUGGUUUCGGUGGGAGUGAUGCAUUCAACACCGCUGAAUUCUACGAUGACCUGGAAGCACAAUCCGUGAGCAUGUUGAAACCACCACCACUCAUCCAAACGACCACAGCGGAGACUAUACUGUUGAUACCACCGCCGGAGGAGCAUGUCGAGCAGAUCAAACGUCAAUCUUGGGUAGCCAAGGCAGCGACAACAACUACAACAACGGCCGAUAGCCUUACAAACGACGAUCAGCCAACUACACCCGCUACUAAUCGUCUGGUAAAUGUAUCGCCACGCCAACCGCGCCCGUCUGCUGGCCGUUCAAUAAUCACCAAAGUGCACACGCCACAAACAUUAAAUCAAUAUCUUCCCACUGCCGAGGAAUAUCAUCGCACAACGCCCCACAAUGAUCAGGCGUAUGUGGGUGCCAGCGCAGCAGGCGAUGAAUUAGCGCUACAACAACAACUGCUAGCGAAUGCACAGAAACGUGACUACAAUGCGCUCGAGGCAUUGGAUGCCGAGUCGGUCGAUACAGCGGCGACAGAAUAUCAGCAAGUGGAGCAUGCAGAUCGCAAAGAAGGCAUGGAUUGGUAUUAUGAGAGUUUUAAGAAGCCACAUCCGGUGGCAGCCGCCGGCAGCAGUUUGCGUAGCAGCGCCGACUUUGUGCGCAAUGCAGGAGCGGCGCGGGUGAGAGCGCGACGUCACGCGAGAUAUGGUGAAGUGGCAGGCAGUUUAAUGGUAGUUUUAUGUUUACUUGCAAUAUUUUUUUAGAGUUAAGCGUAUUUUAAAUGGCGUUUUAAGUUUAUUUUCAUGCAAGUACACUCCGUUUCACUUGAAUAAGAAUAUAUUUUUUUCA